AGAUCAAGCAAGAGAUCGGCGUCGCGGCGCCCUUGACAUGAAUACAGCAAGGAGAGCAAGACCGCGGCGUCUUUUAGCGCUCUCAUAUGUCUCUUACCACUUUUAUUUGUCGUUCGCACUAGGAAAUUCGCCCCUCUUCCGUAUAAAACUCGGUGGACAUCCGUGUCGAGACUGAGUAAAUCCCGAAGAGACGCGCUCGUGUGAAACGUUAAUCCUGUUUUGUUAUCAGGGACUAUUCUACGAUUAUCGGACCACUAUGAACUUCCUUUCUCAAUUCGCCUGUUUAUUGCUGGCCCUUCAUUCAGUGAGAAGCCUUCCAGUCAUCGCACAGUAUGAUUUCGUGCAUUCGCCAACAUUCUUCACCGCUCAGCCGUUGCAAACUCAACCCCUACCAGGAAUACUUUACCCAGAAGAACAACAAAAGUCCAUAGCUCACCCAGAAGUAGUACAAACCGCCUUAGCUGAAUCGCAGUAUCCUCCAGAGCUUUUGAAUGAUCAGUACAAGAAUCCUGUAAUAGCUGCUAAAUUGGCGAAAGAAUCUUGGUUCACCAACAAGGAAUUUCCUGUCCAUCAUCGUGAAGCAGAAAAAAUUUCAAGACAAAAAAUUUACGAAAUUGUCGAUAGAAUAGUAAACCAUUGAAAAGCUAUUUGUACAUAGGGAUAUUUUGUAAAUUGUGAUAAAUUAUUUAUUAUU